AUGUCUGCGCCUGUCGGGCCCCGAGCAUCUAAGGAGGACUUCAUGCGUGCGCUUGGAUUGGACGCAAACAAUCCUCAGCAUGAACCAUACUACCGUGCUAUGAGGGACGAAGCAAUUGUUGUGUACAACUUGAUGCAUCGAAGCAACUCUGACCUCCUCGACAACUAUCGAGCCGACCCAAACAUGCGGCCGCCGUUUUGCUGGCACUACAUCCGUCCCGACCGGCAACGGUGGGGUGUGAUGGAGAUAUGGAGAAACUCCGGGCCUGUGACACGCCCCCUAUUCGACCGCGGUGCUACCCAUGGGGAGUACGGGCCCAAUUGGGUUACUGGGUGGCUGUUGUACAGCGUAUUCCGCUCAAGGGAUAUACGCAACAAUCGCCAUCGCAACCAGGGCAAGAAAGAUGCAGGCGGUGGUAGUAGUGGAGGCAACUCCGGUAAUUCGCGGCCCUUCCCCAUUUAUAUACCAAAUGUCUUGGGUUGUUGA